UUUCAUCUGCAGCAGCGAUGAGUUCAGCUCAGGCUCUGAGAGAGUUUAUCAACCAGCGACUCACAGCUGCUGCUGGAGAAAUCUUCACCGCGUUUCAGCAAACUGUCGUCCAGUAUGAGGAGGAGAUCGAGCGGCAGCGCAGACUGUUGGAAAGCAGCUGCAGCUCUGAGACCAAGUUACGGAGAGCAGAGCUCUCACAGCUCCAUGACAGCAGAGAGGAACAGCUCUGUAAAGAGGCAACAUACUGUCUGGAACAACAGGAACCAGAACCUCCUCUCAUCAAAGAAGAAGAAGAAGAAGCAGGACUUCUACAGCCCAAAGAGGAGCAGGAGGAACCAGAACCUCCACAGAUUGAGGAACUGGGGACCAGCCGGGGGGGAGAGCAGCUCAUACUGAAGUUUGAAAGUGAUUCCUUUAAGGUUCCUUCUGUUGAGGAUCAAAGUGACCUGAGUGAACCAGAAGAGUCGCCGGACACUGAGCAGUUCCUCUCUCAGGACUCUGAAGUCCACCAUGUGAAAAAGCAUCUGGACCCAGAAUCAACUGGAAAUGCAGAGCUGAAAAAAAUCAGCAUGUUUCAUAGUGACGGUGUGGAGAAGAUUCCUGAGUCAGAGAAGCAGGAUGAAUGUGGAAAACCUCUUUAUAAGGAAACAAAUCGGGAAAUUGUCCAUAAAAAACAUGAAGAAUGUCCAAACCUAAGAACUGUCACUGAUAAGAAGAAAACACUUUGUGAAAUCUGUGGUAAAAGUUACAAACGACAGAAUGAUUUAACGGUCCACAUGAGAAGUCACACAGGGGAGAAGCCGUAUUCUUGUAAAACAUGUGGAAAAAGUUUCAGCCGGCAGAGUAAUCUAUUGGUCCACAUGAGACGUCACACCGGCGAAAAACCGUAUUCGUGUGAAACAUGCGGGAAAAAGUUCGGCCAACACAGCGUUUGGAAGCGCCACUUGAGAACCCACAGCGGCGUGAAGAUGUAUUCCUGUGACAUUUGUGGCCGAGGUUUCAGUAUGCAGGGCAAUUUGUCGGUCCACAUUAGAACUCACACGGGUGAGAAGCCUUAUUGUUGUAAAAUGUGCGGUAAGAGUUUCAGUUUACAGUGUAAUUUACUGCGCCACAUCAAAACCCACGCAGGCCAGAAGCUGUAUUCAUGUUAGGUUUGUGGAAAAAGUCACACUGUGCAAAGUGCUUUGUUGCAGCAGGUGAGGACUCAGGUGAAACGCUGUGCUCUUGUGAAACGUGGGAGAAGUCUCAGUGUUCAAAGGAGGUUUUUCAGCCACCAAAGCUCAUACAGGUGAAAUAAUAAUAUCCUGAAUUACUUGGGACAAACAUUCUUAUGGUCAAGCUUCAGCUCAUGUUAAAUUUAGUUAAAUUUAUUGUUCUUUCUAGUUUUGUCCACAUGAGCUGCAGACUUGCUCCGUCCCCUUGUUCUUUUGUUAUUGUUCAUGUCAUCCUGUGCUUUUGUGUGUGUCACGUUAUGUUCUUGCGCAUUGUAGACAGUAAGCGUGAUCUGAGCAUGUAUGGAAUAAAGUUUGGCGUUUGUGCCGGUUGAGCGAC